UGCUCCCUCCCUCGCCUGCUCAUUGUCUAACGUUAGAUCCUACACCACUGACAGGCUCACAUGCACGGCUCAGGGCGUUUUAAAACAUCUUUGACAGGUGAAAGCCUACCUGAGUGACCUUCGACCUUCUGGAGAUAGAGCAGGAUGUGAGGCGACUGUGAGCAUCUCCUCCUUCAGACCUCUGGUGCGUGUGUGUGUGUGAGUGUGUGUGAGUGGCGCGGUCCACACACACACACCACCACAGAAUGUAUGAGGUCAAGCCAAUGAGUGUGGAGAAGAAGGAAGCCGCCUCAGGAACAGAUGAGGCCGGUGGUCGGGGCAGCAGUGGUUCGGGGGGGUCGGGGGGGUCUCUGUACCUGUACGAGGGGCAGGAUUGGGUCAUCUCCCCCGCCUGCUCUCCGGACGAACCCAGCGCCAUCUCACCCAUCCUGGCCGAGGAGACGCUCCGAUACAUGACCUUUCUUGCUCUAGAGCCCACUACCUACUCUCACCCUGGCUCCCACAGCUUAUCCAAAGUCCUCAGUGCUGAGCGGGUGGAGCAGAUGACAAAGACCUACAAUGACAUUGAAAUGGUCACACAACUCCUGGCAGAGCGGGACAGGGACCUGGAGCUGGCGGCUCGGAUUGGUCAGUCGCUCCUGCAGAGGAACCACGUGCUGCAGGAACACAAGGAGUCGCUGGAGGAGCAGCUGGCACAGGCACUGGACAGGGUCCAUCAGCUGCAGCAUGAGCUGGGCAAGAAGGACGAGCUGCUGCGGAUGGUGGCGAGCGCGUCGGAGGAGAGCGAGACGGACUCCAGCUCCUCGGCCACGCCGCUCAAACACUCCCAUCCACCAGGGGGCGGCAGCGUCAGCCUCAGCCAGCUGGAGCUCCUGCAGGGCAAACUGCAGGACCUGGAGGAGGAGAACCUGGCCCUGCGCUCAGAGGCGUGUCACCUGACGAAAGAGACCAUCACCUACGAAGAAAAGGAACAGCAGCUGGUCAGCGAUUGUGUGAAAGAACUGCGCGAGUCCAACAGUCAGAUGGUGACCCUGACGGACGAGUUGUCUCGGAAGAACGAGGAACUGAUGCGACACCAAGAAGAGAUCGCCCAACUCCUCUCCCAGAUCGUGGAGCUACAGCACAGGGUCAAAGAGCUGGCCCUAGAGAAGGAGGAGUUGAGGAUCCAUCUGCACGCGUCUAAAGAGGCCCAAAGACAACUGACUGAAGAGCUGAAGGAGAUGGCAGAGCGUAACAUGGAGUGUGUGGGGAUGCUGCAGGAGUCUCAGGAGGAGAAUAAGGAGCUGAGGAGCAAACAGAUGCCCUCUGCAGGCCUGCGCAGACACACACCCUACGGCCUCUACCCUAUGGACUCCCUGGCGGCUGAGAUUGAGGGCAGCAUGAGAAAAGAGCUGAGUGUGGAGGAGGAGGUGGCCUUCGAGGACCAAAAGGUGUCUCAGAAGCGCGUGUUUCAGACGGUGCGCGCCGUCAACGAGACAGUGGUGCGAGCAGCUUCCAUGACCCCGCCCCCCCCUAUCCCCGGGUCCGGGAGCGUGGUGAUGACGGCACGCCCCUUCCAGUCUGGCCUCGCCUCUGAGGAGGAGGAGCCUGCCGACCCCGCCAAGGCGGCGGCUCGUCUGGGUCAGCCCGGCUCCCCCGGUGGAAGUGACCUCGUGUCGGCCCUCCAUCGGCUGUCGCUACGGCGACAGAACUUCCUGUGUGAGCGUCAGUUCUUCCAGAUGGAGCGCGACCGCAAGCUGCAGGAGCUGGCCCAGGAGGAGGGCGGGGCCAGCGGCUUCAGUUCACCAAUGGGAAGCGUGGUGUCCUCCUUCAGCAACCUAUCAGAGCUCUCCUUCUCCUCCAGCACCUUCAAGACUUUCCUGCCUGAGAAGUUGCAGAUUGUCAAGCCCAUGGAAGGCUCCCUGACGUUGCACCACUGGCAGCAGCUGGCACAGCCCCAUCUGGGCAGCAUCCUGGACCCGCACCCCGGCGUGGUGACCAAGGGCUUCCGUCCGCUGGCACAGGACGCCGUGUACCGCCUCAACGACCUGGAGGAAGACGAGGAAGACGAGGAGGAGGGGGAGGAAGACCUCAGAAGAGAGGGAGGGAGGGAGCGAGAGAGAGAAAGAGUGGAGAGGAGAAGGGGAGGGAGAGAUGGUGGCAGAGAGAAGACGGACGAGAAGAGAGGAGGAGGAGGAGGAGGGGACGGGGAGAAAGAGGAAGAGGAGGAGGAUGAAGGAGGAAUCACAUUCCUGGUGCAGUGUUCGUCCACGCCGGACGAGAGGGAGAGGAAACAGGUCGCCAUGGAGACGACUCGAGCCGUCCCGCCUCUAUCCCUGUCUCCGCGGCGAUCGUCUGUCGUCAUGGCAACCACUGUGGCAUCCUCCUCGUGCUCUGUGACCCCGACGACCUGCGACCUUCCUGUGUCCUUGGAGCAGGAUAAGUCUGGAGGUGUGUGUGCCGGGGUGCCUCAGGCCAGCCAGACUCUCAGCUCCACAGCGCCACCCUCUGCACUGAAUCCAGGGAAGUGCCAGAGCUCCACCUUCUCCACGUACACCUACACCACCUGUAGGAUCAUGCACCCCUGUGACGUCACCCAGGUCACAUCCAGUGCUGUGUGUAGUCCGUGUGUGUCGGAGCACACACACACCCCCAGCUCCAUGCGGACCGGCCCCAGCACGCCCGUCACCCCCUGCCUGCUCAGCCUGGGGGGCAACGCCUUCCCUCCGCGCCACCUCUCCACGGCGCCCCCCAGAGGCCUGGCCAAGCUACUGCUGGAGCGCGGCAUCUCCGCCCAGGUCUCCACGGAAACCGCCGCCGCCCCCGCCCCGGCACCGGUCCCCGGUAAACCAGCCUCCGUUCCCUUCCGCCUGUUGCCUAGCACCCCUCCAAACUCGCCCUCCCACUCGCCCUGCCCUUCGCCCGUCCCGUUGGACCCUCGGCCCGCGGGCGCUCACUCCUCUUCCUCCUCCUCCUCUUCGUCCGCCGCCGCCGCCUCUGACAACUUCCUGGCGUCGCGUCCGGCGGAGCUCUUUCUGCAGGACGUGUACGGCGUCCGCUUGGGUCGCUCCCCCCGCCCGGACCUCCCCAGCCCCGAGCCCCCCCCCUCCUCCUCCUCCUCCUCCUCCACAGACCCCGCCUCCAGCCUGGUGGAGCGCCUGCGCAGGCUGGGAUUGGCCGGGGUGUUGCCAGGGGCGAUGGAGGCGGAGUCGUCCAAGCAUCGUCGUCAGGAUUCCACCUUCUUGGCCACAGGGGGAGGCAGCCUAUUGGACGGCCUGCGGCGCAAUCAGAGUCUGCCGGCCAUGAUUGGUCGAGGACCACCACGGGGGGGGGCGGUGUCGAGCUCCUCCCAUCCGGCGCAGCCACACCCCACGUCCCUGGCCCUGCCCACUCCGCCCUGGGGGAGCCUCAAGCCCCACCCCUCCUCCCGAAGACACGCCUCCCUCUCACAAGCCCCGCCUUUUCAGAGCAACCACUAACAGCCAUUGGGUAAAGACUGGGAGGAGGAGGGAGUGGCUUGCACUGACGGAACAGACUUUUAUUACUGCUAUUGGCUCCGCCCAGUUCCCCUUCCCCAUCCAAUGAAAUGACUUUAAGUUUGCUAGAGAGGAGACCUUGUUUGUUUUAUGUUUUUAAAAAGCACAAUUGACAUGUUUGAGAUGGGAAACUUUAUUGCCACGGUGUGUGUUUGACGUUUUAGUAGGUUUCAGUGGCCUUAGCAUGUCUGUCAAGGGGAGAAGCGCUAACGCUAACCCUAACCCUUUCUACCGACUUCGACCUUUUUUCCUGCUCUACUUCCUGUCCCUUUUCCCCGCUACUUCCCACUUCCUGUUUCGAACAUCUCCUGUUCCUGUUUCUUUGUAUCUCGGUUUUCCUGUGAACUCUGGAAGCUCAGAAGACCAGCCUGAAAAAAAGAGGGAACAAGAAAGUUGAUAUGCUGAAUUAUAUGAGUGUGAACUAUUAAGGAAAGAAAAAGGAAGUUUAUGAAAGUUGGGAUGUGGACGGUCAGUAGAUAACUAUCAGGUGGGCGAGAGAUAGACAGACAGACAGACAGACAGACAGAGACAGAGAGAGGGAGAGAGACAGAGGAGGGAGAGAGACA